AUGCUGGCCUUCGAAUCUCUCGAUAUCCUAUCAGCUAUCCCAAAAGAUCUCAUUGGGGUCUUUUUCAUCCUUAAUCUAUGUGCUUGUCUUGUCAUCUUCGUAUCCAAAAGAUGGGCUUCUGGUGCGACUGCUAGGCCCUCAAGCCCUGACCUAGAAAAGCCUGCUGUCGGCUUGAGAGGCAAAGUCACUAGGCCACCUGGUGAAUGGACACCUUCCAGCUUCCAACGACCAACAGCGGCUCCAUAUACAGAUUGGAAUGUCCAUUCAACCAAGCCCCUCCCGUAUAGACCUUUCCGAUAUGGACCAAAAUAUUUCGUCACACUAGGACUGAGGAGUAUGAACUGGGAUGAAUGGAUUGAGCUCGAUAACCACUACCUUAAGUACCAUGCCGACAAAGCACGUCGUAUCGAAGAACGCGGCAGCAAAUGCUGUCACACAUCACCAGAAGCAAUGGACGGCGCACUCGAACUUCUAAACGAGCUAUGCACAUACCUUCCGGAAAGAUAUCCAAGCAUGUUCGAAAAGACCCCAACCGGCAUAUCCAACAAGGUAACCAAAGAAACCUUUGAUAUAACCCAGCGUCCCCUCCCCGAAGACCCAAUGGCGAUAGCCGCCCGUCUCGUCCAAGACGACCUAGCCAUCAUGAUCGAGCGUCCAGACGGCGAAUAUUACCUCCUAGGCGGUGCAGUUCUCCUCGCCGGGUUCUGGCGCCUCACUGAUAAAUUCGGCAUGCGACUUUCGGAAAUCCAUACCUCGGGCGAUGUCCCGCAAUACAAAAGCAAGCUCGAGAAAGGAAUGAUGAAUUUCUUCCGUCGGUUGCGUCCUGAGGAUCCGGUUCUGCGGAAUAAUUAUUUCAUUCAGGUUGAUGAUAAUCUGCCCUGGUCGCAUAGUAUUGGGCCUGAGGAUGCUGAUGAGGUUUCGUGGGGAACGGCGGAGAAGAAUCGGGCUAUUGAGAACCAUUUCUUCCGUUCUGAGAGGCAGUCAUUGAGAAGAUUGCCAAAGUCUGGUGCGGUGAUUUUCACCAUUCGGACCUAUUUCGAGCCUAUCACUGAGGUGGUGAAGGAGCCAUAUGUUCCUGGGAGAUUGGCUAGUGCGAUCCGGAGCUGGGGAGAUGAUGUUAGUCGAUACAAGGGGAAGGAGAAGUACCAGGAAGUCUUGUUGGAGUAUUUGGAUUCGAAGCAUCGAGAGCAGAUUGAGGGUGGUCUGGAGAUUGAGAAGGAAGAUGAAGUUCGGAGUUAUCCUUUCUGA